UUAGCCGCAGUGGAAAGACUUCUUCGUUUCACCCUGAGAUCACUGUUCCAGAAUGGCACCGCCGGGAGCAAAAAACAAACCUCUUCCGGCACCAAUUCGAAAGCAGGAAAGGCGUAAAUCCGCAACCGGUUGGACAUGGACCCGGUUUCAGAAGCAAUAUCUGAGCGUGGACUAUGUGAAGUCUUUGAUCUUCGAUCCAGCCCAGCUGCCGGUUGUAAUGUGGUUAAUACUGGCUGCCGAAUUGCUGCUAAAUGUGUUUAUAGUCCGGACGGUUUCUUACACCGAAAUUGAUUGGAAAGCAUAUAUGCAAGAAUGCGAGGGAUUUCUCAAUGGAACUACCAACUACGCGUUGCUAAAAGGUGAUACCGGUCCGCUGGUAUAUCCGGCCGGGUUCGUCUACAUCUACAGCGCGCUUUAUUAUAUAACCUCCUAUGGACAGAACAUUCGAUUGGCUCAGUUCAUUUUCAUUGCAAUAUACCUAGCGCAGAUGGCACUAGUUCUUCGAUUGUACUGCAAAAGCCGGAAGCUUCCGCCGUAUGUGCUCGUUAUUACCACCUUCACAUCGUAUCGAAUUCAUUCGAUAUACGUCCUGAGGUUGUUUAAUGAUCCGUUAGCAAUACUAUUUCUUUAUGUGGCCCUAAAUGCAUUUAUCGAUAAUCGCUGGACAAUGGGAAGCUUUUUCCUUAGCUUGGGCGUUUCCGUUAAAAUGAAUAUUCUACUGUUUGCUCCAGCUAUUUUACUGCUCUUCAUUACCAAUCUAGGCUAUUGGAAGACAUUUCUGCAGUUAGCGGUAUGUGGUAUAAUUCAGAUAGUACUGGGAGCACCAUUCCUUCUGACUUAUCCAUGGGAGUAUUUAAAAGGCAGCUUCGAUCUAGGGCGUAUUUUUGAACAUAAGUGGACCGUCAACUAUCGCUUUCUGGAUCAGGAGGUCUUUGAGAAUAAGCUGUUCCAUUUAACGCUUCUUGGUAUACAUGUGCUGUUGUUGGUGGUAUUUGCCUCGCCUUGUUUCAAAUAUUUCCAAAACUAUUGCCGACUUAGGCAGUUGGAGAUAAUGCUAGCUCCACAAAUUGCGGCCAAAAAUCGAGAGGUUACACAGGAACACAAAACAAAGGAGAAACCGAAAAAGAAGGCUCAACCCAAUAAAGAAGAACCUCUCACAAAAGAGCAGGAAAAAUUCCUGAAAUCUUUUGAAAAAGGCAUAAAGAAAAUGUCUGCUCAGGAGUCUGCAGCCAACGGAGUGCCGGCUUCAGCAAAAGUAGAAGAAACUCCGCCACCACAGCCCAGCAAAUUUUCUAUUCAUUUUGAUAGAGCUACUCAGUUGGCAUUGCUGCCGAUUUUCCUGUCGAACUUCAUCGGAAUCGUAUGCGCUCGCAGUCUACAUUACCAGUUCUACGUCUGGUAUUUCCACAGUUUGCCCUAUUUGGCAUGGUUCACUGAGUACACGACCAGUCUGAAGUUUUUGCUGUUAUUCCUACUGGAGUUCAGCUGGAACACAUACCCAAGCACCGCGGUGAGCAGUUUGAUCCUUCACACCUGUCACGUCAUACUGCUUGUCGGAAUAGGAAAGAAGUUUUUCCGAAAGAUUCCAGAUCUGGCACAGAUAAGUAAGGCAGCCGAAUGAAGUCGGGGAAAGAUCGGACCCUGAGUGGAAUAUGCGAAAAGACAAUCGACUGUAUUGCUAAAUAUUUCGUAACUCGGCGGAGCUACGUAACUGGUAAAUAUGGAUUUGAUUUUUACAUUGAGAGUCUAUUGAUGUGUUUUAUAUUAGUUUUUUUACGAUGUAGUAAGUAGAGUUGUGUGACUAUAGAGUUUAUUUAUUU